ACUCUCUGAAAUGUUUGUUGGUUAGGUUUGUUUACAGUUUAGUUUGGCGGGUUUCUCUCCACUCAAGGCCCCCCCAAAAUGCCCGAACAAAUAGAGCGAAAAUGUGUAAAAUACAAAAACUGCUCCAAAAAAUUCAUUCAAAAAUCACCCGAUUUCUCUAAACAGUUUUGCAGUAUAUAUUUGGCCAGACUGAGAGAUAUGGAGGGUUUGCUUGUGGAGAGAGUUCAGCAAAAAUGGGGAGACAAGUACCCCAUUUGCCAGCUGCACAAGUUAACCGAAGAAGGUUAUGAUAAAUGCGUUGUUAUUGGUACCCUCUUUAAAGAUCAAAGGUUAAAGCCUUCAGUGUUAAAACAGUUGGCUGAGAGCAACCAGUUGGUACCACAACCAAUAGUAACACACUUCACUGAUGAAUCUGAUGCCUUAUUUAUGGAAGAUGAGGUGCAGAGAUAUCGUCUUAUAGGGGAUAUGGACCCAACAAAAUUAGUAACUGGUAUAAUAUGUGCAGUCCUAGGCCGGGACAUCGGAAAGGGCAAGUUUCAAGUUGAAGAAUUCAUAUUUUCUGGCUGCAGGGACCAAAUAGAACGUCCAGUUUUUAAAGAUUCCAUUUAUAUUUUAUUUCUAAGCGGUUUAGAUUUUAUUCAUUCUGAAAGGUUCCUCCCUAACUUGCAACUGUUAACUUAUUGGCUCAGUGGCGCUUUCGGAGACAUUGAUAAAGUUUCAAAAGUAUGUCGGGUUAUUAUUGCAGGUAAUAGUAUUAGAACUGAACCACCAAAGAAAAAGGCUUGCAUAUCCAUGAUUUCCAGAAUAUCUGAGUCUACAGACUCUUUUGAGGCUGUAGGCACUUUUGACAAAUUCCUUUUAAGGAUCUGUCAAGUUGUAGAUGUAGAUCUAAUGCCUGGGGAGAAUGAUCCUUCUAAUCACAUAUUGCCACAGCAGCCUUUGCACUUUUGCAUGUUUCCAGAGUCUGCACAGUAUAAAUCUUUUAACCAAGUGACCAACCCUUAUCAUUGUGAGCUGGAUAAUUUAAAAUUAAUGGGUAGUUCUGGUCAGCCAGUGAGGGAUAUCAUGAGGUUCUCUGAUAUUACAGACAGCUUAGAAGCCAUGGAGUGCUGUUUUACUUGGAACCAUUUGGCUCCUACAGCUCCAGACACUUUGGGCUGUUUUCCAUAUUAUAAUAAGGAUCCUUUUAUCCUAGAUGAGUGUCCACAUGUGUAUUUUGCUGGAAAUCAAACGGAAUUUGCUAGUAAAGUGAUUACUGGUGAAAAUGGCCAGCAAAUACGUUUAAUAAGUAUUCCAAAGUUUUCAGAGACUUUCCAAGGGGUGCUCUUGAAUGUUCAAAGUUUAGAUUGUGAAGUGGUCAGUUUUGAAACUAAAUAAUUUUGAAAAUCUUAGGUUACUUUUAGUUUUUUUAUGAUUAAUAAAUUAUUCUUAAGACUA